UGCAUUCUUCGUGAAGUAUGGCGCCAUGCCUUUUGUGGAGCGGACACUAGGCCGCAGUGGGGUUUUCUGGAUGCGGCGCACGGCAGAUAAUACACUUAAUGGCUCUAUCUUGCUCGCAUUGAAGCGCCCGCAAUGCGCUGCAGCUGUCAAGGCCGCCCUACAUCACCAAUUCCUCAACGGCUACCAUAUUCAGGUUAUCUACCAGGAUUGCUAUUGAAGAUGCUAUCUUCAACACUGAUGACCCAUCUACUACGAUGAAGAAGAAAGUUUAGAGUCAAAGUGCCAUGAUGGCCUUUCCUGGAAGUCUCAAUGAUAUGAAACUUGCGUCCAAAAAGAUGGUAAGUGAGCAUCCGAAUCCGUAUCCGAGGCCGUAUCUUUUCAUUGAAAUCUUUAGACCCAAUUCUGAAACUAAAGGUUUUCAUCCUCGGAGAAGACAGCGAAUUUUGCGAGGAGACAGAAGGAAUGUACCUUGAUCCGCCGCUAUCCAGUGCAACGUCGAGAGUGGUAUCCCAGCCGCCUACACAGCAGCUCUGUACAUUGCCGCCGGCCCCAGUCACAUCACUUCAUGUGCAACAUCAUUAUCUGAUGCGAGAGGAAGUUUACCCGCGAAAUUAUGAAAUACCACCGACGUGUAUUUCCGGGGCGCAGCCUCAGCAUCAGUUUUUCUUACCUGCGGCCGCACCAUGUAACUCCUACGAUUGUUAAGGCCUGCUCUCACUAGAUGAUGUACAAAACGAUGCGAUGAAGUGAUGUUGUAGUCCUCGAAUGUUUUUCCAGGUGAAGAGGUGUACCUGUACUAUCAUCUUCAAUAUAUUUUUUACGCGGAUUAAAUGUACUUUUAGCUCUAGAAGUGCCGGGAGAGUAUGAAAUGAUCAAGUAGAAGCUCAAGGAGGUAAUGCGGAACUAUCGCAACAAAAAAUGAUGCGUUUCACUCUAAGUCAGGCUCACAACUACAACGCCGCUGCCAGGGAGCGACAACAAACGAAGCCGACCUGUACAUCAGAAGGUGGCUGAUGCAUACGAAGAAUUUUCCUGGCCAUUUCAAUCUUAUCGCUACGCAGAGAUCAAUCACGCCCACGCGGUGUAGGUAGGAGUUUUUGUAUGUGCUCGCUCGUGACUGCUUCAGGAGCGUCACCUCGUAACAUCGCUUGCCGCCAAUUAAAUAAUACUCGAAGACCACCAUGCGGGUCUAGUUCCUCAAAUAGAGCUUGUUCAAGACAAAAAAUUCAGAAUACGUAAAGUCAUUUCUGCACCUUUAUACCAUUACUAACGCGACUUCUUCACCACACCAGUUUUGAUGUUGUAGGCAAUUAUCGAUUCAGACACGACAAGGCUCUCGACAUGAUCCUUGUCCGUAACGACCCACAUAUGUCGAGCACUUCACAGUAAGCCAAAACCACUCGCUGUCACUAGUUAUUAUAGCUUUUUGCAGUUGCACAGACUUGGACUUCGACCCCCUCUGUAGUUGUUCUAUCGACACAUAACGACCUAGCAUCAAGCACCCGCAGCCCUGCAAAGGUUACAUUGAUGGGAGGCUCACUUCGAUACAAAAUAAUGAUCAUGAUUUCGAUUUAUAUAUUCAGUAUCAAUGUUCUUGAUGUUUUUGGCGCCUGUCGCUGACUUAGAUUAAGAAGUUGUGGUGAGGGUAAAGGCCGAGUGGGGGUCGUCUAAGUUUUUUUUUGAAUACUAAUUUCUUUCUCGAACAACUUUGGAACUAAGAUGAACCACACCAGUCACCAGACGCUACGACGUGUACAGAAUAGAAGCGUUGUUCAUCAUCAGUUUCGAUCAAUUUUUCGUUUCUCUAUGAAUUGGUAAUUGCUGCAGUGCUAACGCAUAAUAUUAUUUUGUAGCUAAUCAACAUGAUAAUAUGAAGAUGAACUUGUUGUAGAGGAGAAGUUGGAAGUAGGUGCAGUGUAUCGCAGUAGUGUUGGAGGUCCUCUACAUUCUUCCAUAUUAGAAAGAGUGAGUUUGUUCAACAUUUUUAGAGUACUUCCAUGUUCUGCAUCUGGACCCCAACCUGAGAAAGGACUGCGAUGCAAACAAACUACUUAACUUCAUCAAUUGAGAAAGUACAUUGUUUCCAAAGGAAACCACAUUUUCCGCAUGAUUUCUUUCACCUUGUACAGACCUUUACCGAUGUUUCGCUGCUCCUACGUUACUGCAUGAAGAAACAUGAAUACGAAUAGUUGUUGUAGCUGCUGAAUUUUGUAUCGUCCCCGUGAGGACUCCUUUUCAAACGAAAGCCAUGCAGACAUGUUGCUGUUUUCACGGUGUUGGCUUUUAUCUACCACUCUGAUUUCGUCGAAGCAAGACUAGCUAUAGUUCUUAAGUAUAUUAAAAUUAAAGUUCUUUUCUCAGUUCUCACAUCAGAGAAAUUCGUAGAACUCAAAAGAGAUUCUGGGAAGUCGUAGGCCCAAUCCGAGCCGACUAGCGUCAUCAUUAAAGUUCUUUUUUGGGCAAAAUGGUUUCUAAAUCCUUGCGUUUACUUAUUAACUGAUACUUAUCAAUCGAAAUCUUCUGCGCAAGCUCGCGUGGGUGUCGACCGUCGGGUACCUGCGUGGUAGGGAGAACACUGACGUGCAAAAACAGAACUGCGUCAUCAAUUCCUUCGCUGAAGACGAACUGAAUUUGCUAUCGAGACGUUUUGCGUUGUGAUGGAAUCGAAUAUUAAGUAUGAUUAUCUCCGGAUGUAGUUCAUGGUGCUGAGUGAGUACCCGUAGCUAGGUUACCAGGCCUUACUUAGAAAUACAGACGAAAAGACAUGAGGUUAAUAGGAUUAUCAUCAUGAAUUACAAUGCUAAUUCUCCUUCGAUGUGUAGGAGGAAAGUUCUACGCACAAUCAAUUCGACAGCAGGCUUCGACAAGCUACAGAAAAUUUGUUUUUGGAGAUUUAUCUUGCUUUUGGAGAUGAAGUUGUGAUACCAACGAGUUCUUAGUAGUUCUUCGAUUAUCAUCAAAUUCAAACCGCUAGUCUAGAAGUUCUUUGUCCUUUUCGUUCUUGUGGAUGGUUGCAUCAAAUUAGAGAAGUCUACCAAUUUUUUCGGACUUGUCGCCACACUGAGUUGUUGAAAUAAUAGGUUUAGUUUUUCUAACCGUAGUACUGGUAUGGAUGUGUAAGAGUACUUCGUUUAGUGUUUUACAGUCUAUAGAUGAAUGCACAGCUUCCCUUCCGUGGUAACGCUCGAAUGAACACACCUAUCAAGAAACUCGAAAUCAUGUAAGGAUUGUACUAUUAGAGCAUGCAGCAGCAAGAUGAGGAGUCUGAAAAAUGUAGUCGUAUUUACUCGUUCAAAACAAAUCGUUUUUAUUUCAAUCGUUCAUGCCGUAUUGAACUAGAAAAAACGAUGUACAGAUAAAUCAAACAUCAUGUUGAAUGUUGUUAAUCACUUAAAUAGCGCCUCGCUGUAUUAGAGCAAGAAGAU